AUGGACUUCUCAAAUUCAAUAUCACGAAAGCAUCCGGCGGAGUCGACAAACUUUACAACCCCCGUAAAAAGACGCCGCACAACCGUAGUUCACACACCUGUUCCGCAGAAUGCCCGGAGCAAUAUGUUCGACAAGUCACAGAAUUUGUCAUUUACAUCUUCGUCGUCAGCCGAAGGAGGAAUUCCUUCUACCGCUCCGCGUUUGCGUAUGAAUGCACCAAUUACUCCUGGUCAACCCCGUACUGCAGCACCGGACAUGGGCGCUCCAAACACCGUGGGCGGAAAUAGGACGAAGCUCCUAGAACCUCGUUCAUUUGCUCCAAAGCCCUUGCAAUCGCCCUUUGCAGCACGCUCGAUGCGGAACAGAAAGCCAACAGAGUCUAGUUUUAGGUUUCUUACACAGCUGCGGAAACAGCAGGCAGAGGCAGCAGCUCGAUCUACUGCUAAAGCUGAUCCUGCCGUGCCCGUAGCGAUGUCACCAUCUGAAAACCCACCAUCUAAAGGCUUGGCAAACUCGGUCAAUGGAUCGCGUGUAGCAACCUCUUCAGCUACAGCAGUGCAGACCCCCACUCCUGCGCGUAGAAUUCAUAAACCCAAUUUUAGAUCUGAACGAAAGCCAUCCCCAAGGCCUCCAGGCUCGCCCUCGAUGUAUCAUUUUGGGGGAAAUACGAGCACAUUACAUUUACCGUUUUUUGGCACUAGUGCACAAAGCCCUGCUGCUUCUAGUCCAAGUGCGCCCGAAUCGCGUCUGGUGUCUAAAUCUUCUUCCGGGGAGACUGCUGUUCGAGCUGAUGGCAUUAUAAAUUUCCUCGCUAGUUCAAUCGAGAAAGCUAAACAAGCACUCGCUGGAAACCGCGCCGAUCGUAAUGAAGAGCGGAAAGAGAAGGAAAAGGAAGCUAUUCGGAAGAGGAUUGAGGAAGAACAAAGAAUCAAAAGGGAUGAAAUAUUCAAAGCGGAAAUACAACGUGAAAAAAAUGAAAGGGAAGAGAGAGAACGCGAAGAGAGAGAACGCGAAGAGAGAGAACGCGAAGAGAGAGAACAAAUUCGUGAAACGGAAGACAAAGGUAAAAAUAUGGAGAGGGACUGGUAUGCAGAUGGCGCUCCAUCAUUUGUGACCGAAGAUACAAUUCUUGAUCCAGUGGAUUACACGCCGAAUGGGUUCCAUGAAGCUACUUUUGUGGAGGAAGAGUCGACCCAAAAUCAAAAUCCCUCCAUUAUCGCAUCGUCACCCAUUGUGAGGUUUAAGGACCUGUUGGAGCAAUCUACCUCCCAGGCCCAAAAUAUUAAUCACGGUGGCCGUGAGGCAUCUUCUGAGGAAAGUGAGGAAAGUGAGGAAGAGGAGGAAGAGGAGGAAGAGGAGGAGAUACAGAAGAGACCGGUUGUUAAGGACAGACCUAAGUCCAAACCUACAGAAGUGAUUUGUAUCGAUUCCUCGUCCGAUGAGGGCGAAGGUGAAGAAAUUAUACAAGAGGCAGAAGAAGAUGAGGGAGAGGAGGAGGACGAUGAAGAUGAAGACGAAGACGAAGACGAAGACGAAGAUGAAACUGUAAACAUGAACCCUGCACCUAAAUUUUUAUUCAAUCAUCCCCGAAAACUUCCCGGUAGCGAAGAUCCUGAGGGUGAAGGGAUUGAAGAGGAUGAGUAUGAGGAAUACGACGAGGAAGAAACUGCAGAUUAUGAUGAAGAGGAUGAAGAAGGUGAGGAAAUUGCACCAAGCUCGGCCUAUAAGUCAAGGCAAUUUCUUGAAGACGACGAAGCCGAGGAAAUCAUCGAGCAAUUUGGAGCCGAGCCAGCGGACUCCGGCGACGACGAGGAAGAAGAAAAGGAGCCGAGCUACAUCGAGGAAGAGACCGAAAGGGAUGAAACCGAUCAUGAGGGCUAUGGAAACGAGACUUCAGUAGUAGAAGGCGACGCGGAUCACAGUUUGGACUCAACCGUCGUGGUUGAUAGGUCUAGCCAACAUUCAUCCACGCUGACCAAACCCCAGAGUGAGGGUCAGGGGAAUAUAGUCCUAGAAGCUAUUGUCAGCUCACCUGCACAAGAUUCGGAUCCAACUCUGGUUUCUCCACAUCAGGAGCAGGACGCUGAUCAACUCUCCUCAUCUCGUUCCACCACCCCCACUCCAACCAGUCCAGCGGGUAUUGUUAUCAUUGAUGAUGAUGCCUCCGACGGGGAAUUGCAGCAUGAUGCCAAGGAUGUUGAACCACAACCAGACUCUCUCCAAUUGGUUUCAGACAACGAAGAGCCCUCGGUGGUGGAAAACCCGGGUAUCUACAUAAAUGAAGAUGCUGAUGUGUUUAACCGAUACGAUAAACACAUUGGGAAAUGUGACGACAGCGGCCAUUUCUUUGCUGAUACAGAUGACAAGGCCAUUGGGUUCAUCAGUGCAGAAGGUGUCUUCCACGGAUUCCAGGAAGAUCCGGAGCAGGGUACCAGGGCGUUGACCAAUUCAGAGUUGAACGGGAAACCAAGAAAUGACGAUCCUGACUAUGUGGAUGAAGAAGAGGAAAACGAAGAAGAGGGUGAUAACGAGAUUGAGGCAGAUUUCAAGAGGGCUCUUGAAGAGGAAGAUGAAGACGCCGAGGCCGAGGACGACACAGAGCUCGAGAAGCAAGAAGCUCUCCCGGAUGUUGUUGAGCCUGAACCCAGAGAAGUUGUUUUCACUCCCGCCAAGGAAGAAGAAGAUUCUUUCUUCCACCACGGAAAGGAACAACCUUCAACCCCGAAAACUUCAUAUCGCAUGAUGAGCAACGAUGAAUUAUCGAGAAGUUUGAGACUUAAUAAGGAUGGAGGCCUUAUUGUCAAGGAAGCUACUCCCGAGCCUCAGUCAGAUGAAGAUGAGACGCCAGUAGGCCAAAUCUCGGAGAACAAGGCCGAGCUAGACGAAAAGAUCGAAGAGCCUUUGGUAGACCCAGCUUUAUUAGAAACGACCCAAGCCCCAGCCACGACCUCCGAAAAAGAGGAAGAAUCAUCGCCAGCAUCCCCAAUUGCCGAAGUUGAGCUCACUGUUGAAUUAGAAGUUGAAAUUACUAAAAUUGAAGCCGGACCCGAAAAUGAGGAUGACGAAGAAGCUGAUACAACAAUGCAGACUUGUGCUGAAGGGGAGGACGAAGCUGACACAACAAUGCAGACUUGUGUUGAAGAGGUUUCGAUUCACUCUGAAAGUAUCGCUAUCGUCGAGCGCGAUGGUGGUGAAGCUGAUGAGAGCGAGGACGAGGGCGAGGGUGAACCUUCCCCUACUCUCCUUCCUGAUUCAUUCUAUGAUAGUUCUUCUAUGGUUAGAGAUUUCAGAGAAGGCACUGUCGAAGAACAGAUUAUCGAGUGGCAGCAAGGUGAUAAGAGGGAGAGCUACCAUAAAUACAGCAUCAGAGAGGAGGACGAGGAUAGCGGGAGUGAGAUGGAAGAGGAAGGAGCUGUCGAAGAAGAGGCGCCGGUGGAUGAGAGUGUAGGGGAAGAGCAGCCUGAAGAGGAAGAGAAAACAGAUGUUGAUGACCCUGAAGAGGGAGAUGAGAUCAUGAAUCCAUACCCCAAGAUUCCAAACCAACCGAUGUUCGGAUCUAUGCCACCUACUGCACCUUCGUCAUUUGAUACGAAGUUGGCGACUGCUCCUCCGUUUGGGUUUAAACCACCAUCUAUUGCCACAUCGGAAACAGCUGGAGAAAGGCUGGCAACGGCUCCGUUAUACUCAUUCACCCCGCCAACCUCUUCCCCAUCCGAGACAUCAUCAGCAGAAAGGUUACCUGCAGUACCACUCUUUGGCUUGAAUACAUCCACCAUUUCUACUCAACCCCCGGGCGAUCAGUUGCCGACCACACCAUUGUUUGGGUUCCAGCCACCUAGCUCCACUCCAUCGGAAUCAUCUGGGGGGAUGCUAGCGACUGCGCCGUUAUUUGCUUUCCGGCCGCCUACCGCCAUGAACGUAUCGGCUGAGAAGGUUGAAUACCCUGCGCUGGCAAGCAAGCCGUCAUUCGGGUUUAAUCCAUCUACCACUUCUUCGUCUUCUGCUGGUGGAGAGAAGUUGGCAUCUGCGCCGCCGUUUGGGUUCAAGCCACCCACCACUUCUUCGAUUCCAACAGGCGGUGAUAGGUUGCCGACCGCACCAUUGUUUGGGUUCCAGCCACCUAGCUCCACUCCAUCGGAAUCAUCUGGAGAAAGGCUAGCGACUGCGCCGUUAUUUGCUUUCCAGCCACCUAUUGCCAUGAACGCAGAAGUGUCAACUGAGUCUGCUAUAGAGAAGGUCGAAUACCCUGCGCUGGCAAGCAAGCCAUCAUUUGGGUUUAAUCCACCUACCACUUCUUCGUCUUCUGCUGGUGGAGAGAAGUUGGCAUCCGCGCCGCCGUUUGGGUUCAAGCCUCCCACCACUUCUUCGGUGCCAGCUGUCGGUGAGAAAUUGGCAACAGCACCGUUAUAUGGGUUCAAGCCACCGUCUGCGGCUCCAUCAGAAACUGUACCAGUUGAGAUGUUGCCAGCAACGCCACUCUUUGGCUUCACACCGCCCUCUUCAAUGCCCGCACAGGCGGCGGAUGAGGUUACUGCAACGGGUACUGGGGCUGACGUCGAGAUUGUUCUUGACGAGGAGAGUAUCGAGGAAGAGGCGAAUGUUACGGUAGACCUUGGUCUUGGCGAGGAUGAUGUAGCUCUAGUACUGGAAGAUGAUGAAGAGCAUAGCGCGGGGGAAGCUCAAGAACGAGAGCCUGCUAAGGUCACAGGAGAUUAUGAGGUGGGAGAAAACACAUCAGCCUCAGAGCGUGAAACAACCGCAACUCCUCCGCCGUCGGAGGCGAUCAACAAAAAGAGGAAAAGGACGGGAAAGACAUCAGAUAUCAUUACUCCAGAAGAACACCAAGAUGUUGAAAUGGUCGACGAACUCGCUCACUCUCCUAUACCUAAACCCAAAAAGGGACGCGCAGUACGUGCAUCAAAGCGUACUGCUGCGAAGAAGCGUAAAGGUGAUACCAACUUUGUCCCACAAGACGAAAGCGAACACGAAGAGGACAUGGAAGUCAAAGAGCCGGAGGUCAAAAAACGCCGUACCACUCGCAAGAAAACUUCAGCAGGCAGCACAAAAAAAGAGGACAAGGAACCAUAUCUCGAGGGCGAGAAGUUGGAAGACGAGCUCAAGACCGUUGAAACUGCCGUUGCCACCGCACUCGAUCCUGAUAUUCCACCAAAGGAAACUGUUGAGUUGCCCGAUGGAAGUGAAGUUCCCGCUAUCCAACCUGAAGAAGUUGACAUCUCACUCGGGAAGGAGUUGAGGGAUGGGAAGGUCGUUGAGCCUUCUUCACAGCCAAAGAGGACUAGAAAAAGGGCACGUGAAGCCUCAGUUGAACCGACAAAGCAGGCAGCCAAAACGACAAGAUCAGCUGCCAAAAAGGCAGUCUCUGUCAGAGAAACCUCUCUCGAACCUGAAGUCGCUGAGCCCGAGGUGGAGGAAGAGAAGGACAGGGUGGAGGAGAAGAUGGUGGAGGAGGAACUUGAAUCUCUCCCAAAGACGAAGAAGGCAGCUGCCCCUAUUGCUCCCCGUCGGGGACGCUCAGCCUCAGUCGAGCCUUUGAUCUCGUUUGAGGAGCGACCAAUAAGAGCAACUAGGGCUAGGAAGACACCUUCUGUUAAGGAACUUUCCGUUGAACCCGAGGAGCAACCGCCGAUAAGACUCUCCAGAGCCAAGAGAACCCCCUCCAUCAGGGGAAAUUCCGUCGAGCCAGAGGCCACGGGUGAUAUGGACAUCAUCACUCUUCGCAAUAGAAAAGUCGUCGUCAACCGUCAAGGCUCUGUUGACCUAUCGGCCGAUGAGACGGAUCGUAGCACCAACACCAUUCGCCGGAGUUCUAGACAAAAGAAGGCAUCUGCAGCAUCUGCAGCAUCUGCAGCACCUACUGAUGCACCGUCACCCCCUUCAAAAGAAAACCUCCCCGUGACCCCCAAAGCCAAACGAACAAGGAAACCACCGGUGAUGAGUGCAAUCAAGGAAGCUGAGGUGGAAGCGAGUGCGAAGAAAGUCCGAAGGAGCAAGAGAAAAGAAAUAUAA